AGUGUGGACUUUUCAGUCGAGAACCGCAGGGCGGCCGGGGUGUAGUAAACGAUUUUAACUUGUGGCUAGGUUAUCUGCGCUCUUUUCACGACGGCCAUGGGACAUACUCAAUAUUGAGUUCAAGUAUUUCGAGAGCAAAAGAGAAGGAGAGUUAGUGGCUGGUUUGCGUGAGCCGGGAUGGGCGAGAUUGAGGGAUCGUACCGGGCCCUGCAGACCCCGGGAACACGUCUGGGCGCCCAGUUCAACGCUGGGAUCAGCACCCUGGAACCUGGCCAGAGCCUCAGCACUGCCCUGGGCAGCGGGGGCAAAGGUCAGGGGCGAGGGCUACAGAUACGUGUUCAGGGCCUCGAUGACUCCCAGGAAUUCUAUGACCUGGAGUCGAAGGUAGACGGACAGACCCUUCAUUCUGAAGUUUUCCGGAGAUGCAACAUCAUCGAGAGUGAUUACUUUGGCCUGGAGUUCCAGAACAUGCAGAUGAACUGGGUUUGGUUGGAGCUCAAUAAGCUGCUGGUGAAACAAGUGAGAAGACCAGGGAACACUCUCUUCCGGCUCUCUGUCAAGUUCUUCCCUCCAGACCCUGGUCAGCUGCAAGAAGAGUACACCAGGUACCUGUUCUCCCUGCAGGUGAAGAGGGACCUGACAGACGGCCUGCUGACCUGCACAGAGAACACAGGAGCCCUGCUGGCCUCCCACCUGCUGCAGUCGGAGAUAGGGGACUAUGAUGACAUGGCCGACAGGGAUUUCCUGCGUGUGAACAAGCUGCUGCCGUACCAGGACAAAGUCCAGGACAGGAUCAUAGAACUGCACAGCAAGCACCUAGGCCAAACCCCUGCUGAGUCAGACUUCCAGGUCCUGGAGAUCGCUCGCAAGCUGGAGAUGUACGGAGUGCGUCUGCACCUGGCCGCUGACCGCGAGGGCACCAGGAUCAGUCUGGCUGUGGCUCACCUGGGACUGCAGGUGUUCCAGGGCAACACCAAAAUAAACACCUUCAACUGGUCUAAGAUUCGCAAGCUGAGCUUCAAGAGAAAACGAUUCCUGAUCAAGCUCCACCCAGAGGUUCAUGGCCCCCACCAGGACACUCUGGAGUUCAUGAUGGCCAGCAGAGACCAGUGCAAGAUCUUCUGGAAGAACUGUGUGGAGCACCACUCCUUCUUCCGCCUGUUGGACCAGCCAGAGCCCAAGUCCCGAGCCAUCUUCUUCAGCAGAGGCUCCUCCUUCAGAUACAGUGGGAGGACCCAGAAGCAGCUGGUGGAGUACGUGAGAGAGGGCGGAGCCAAGAGAACACCAUACCAGAGGAGGAACAGCAAGGUGAGGAUGUCGGCACGCUCACUGGCUUCAGAUGUGCCAAAACAGAGUUUGUCGUUCAAUGACAGCCUCCGGAUGCCAGGCUCCCCUGCCUCAGGAUUGCUCUCCUUCCACUCCAUGCACCUGUCCAGCUCCCCAGCCCGCUUCCAGCCCCAGCACAGCCCCGGCCCCAGCCUCGGCGCCAGCCCCAGGCUUGGCCCCGGCCCCAGCCAGCCUCCAGCCCCUCAGCCCCCGCAGUCUGCCAGGCCCUCCAGCCCCCCGAAGGAGGACCGUGUCAAGGCCCCCCCGCCCCCCCCUGCUGUCCAAGGCUCCUCCAUGGACAGCCCCCAGCUCUCCCCAUUCCCCUCCAAGGACCCCCUCUGCCUGUCUCCCUCCUUCCAGAUGUCCACCCUCAGCCUGCCUGGCCAGGGGCCCUCGCCCCUGCAGAGCCCCAUCCUGAGUGAGGUGGGCACCGCGAGGCUAGACGAGGAUGAGGACGGCAGGAGGAAGUGCUACCCCACUGAUAAGGCCUACUUCAUUGCCAAAGAGAUUCUGACCACCGAGCGGACCUACCUGAAAGACCUAGAGGUCAUCACCGUGUGGUUCCGCAGUGCUGUCAUCAAAGAAAACGCCAUGCCAGAGGGGCUGAUGACCCUGCUGUUCUCUAACAUCGACCCCAUCUACGAGUUCCACAGAGACUUCCUCAAGGAGAUAGACCAGAGGCUGGCUCUCUGGGAGGGGCGCUCUAACGCCCACGUGAAGGGAGACUACCAGAGGAUCGGGGACGUCAUGCUGAGGAACAUGAGUGCUCUGAAGGAGUUCACCAGCUACCUGCAGAAGCACGAUGAGGUUCUGACGGAGCUGGAGAAGGCCUCCAAGAGGCUGAAGAAGCUGGAGACGGUGUACAAGGAGUUUGAGCUGCAGAAGGUGUGCUACCUGCCCCUCAACACCUUCCUGCUGAAGCCCAUCCAGCGCCUCAUGCACUACAAGCUGAUCCUGGAGCGCCUCUGGGAGCAUUACUCCCCCAACCACCCCGACCACGACGACUGCAAAGAGGCUCUGGUGGAGGUAGCAGACAUGGCGGCUCAGCUCCAGGGAAGCCUGGUGCGUCUGGAGAACUUCCAGAAGCUGACAGAGCUGCAGAGGGACCUGAUUGGCAUCGACAACCUGACAGCACCGGGCAGGGAGUUUAUUCGAGAGGGCUGCCUGUACAAGCUCACCAAGAAAGGACUGCAGCAGAGGAUGUUCUUCCUGUUCUCAGACAUGCUCCUGUACACCAGCAAGGGUGUCACAGCAACCAACCAGUUCAAGGUUCACGGCCAGCUGCCCCUACACGGCAUGAUUGUGGAGGAGAGUGAGAACGAGUGGUCAGUUCCCCACUGCUUCACCAUCUACUCUGCCCAGAGGACCAUCGUGGUGGCAGCUAGCUCCAGGGUGGAGAUGUCUAAGUGGAUCGAGGAUCUGAACCAGGCCAUUGACCGGGCAGGGAAGGCCCUGGGGAACGGAGAGGUUGUGCUGGACCAAGCCGUCUACGACCGCUCCAACAGUAAGCUCCCUGAGCCACCCCCACACACACUCCCACACACACACAGUCAGACACACACAUGCUGUCUGUCUCACACACACGCAUGCUGUCUCUCUCACACACACACACACACUCUCGCACACACACACUCUCACACACACAGUCAGACACACACUCUAAAUAUCGAAUGGGAGCUUCUUCACUUUAGUGUUUUUUUAGCUCCAGGUGUCCUGGAGGAUGGUGGAUCAUUCCUGAAGGACUCUCUGUAUCCUCUGCCAGGGUGA